AAUAAAAUGGCGUCCGGGUUUUUGUGUGUGCGAUAAUGUAAUUGUUUUGUAAGAAAUCAAUUAAUUUAAUCGAAUACGAUAGUUUUUUCUACGUUUUAUGGUGUUAACACAAAGAAAGAUGUGUUGUUUAAUGUUAACAAAGUAAUACAACAUAACUUUAAUUAGAGAUUACGUGCGUGUCAAUGCAGUCUAUAGCGUCCUGUGCCGCCUUUUUAUUAAGUUGAUAAGCUUUUAUUACCAAUUAAACAAUACGGUUGUUAAAUAAGUGCAGCAAAAUAUGUUACGUAUAUAGUAUUAAUUAUAUUUUACAUAUAAAGUGCCUGUUUCGGCGGUUUGAUUGACGGGUGCUUUGCGCUUGUGUGCUAGUGGUUGUGAAAGCGUACAUGAUUAUAAUGGCAAAACUGUCAUGACAGUACUGUUUACUUGUAAGGUGGACUUGUGUUGGUUUGUUUAUCUUUCGAUGCGGUGAGAAAUUGUAAUUUGUGAAAAUGUGUAUGCCAACACCGACUAAUGUCUCCGGAUUCGCGUAUUCGUGGGGCUUUACAAGCUCCGCAGAUCUAACAAAAGGUGAAGUGGACACACCAAGCAGUUUAAGUUAUACUCUGGGGAAUACGGUAUCCCCAGAAACAACACUAACUGUGAUGGCCCAUAAAACUCCACAAGUGCAGGAAAAGGUUGGCACAGUGGUGGCAUCCAAUGCUGCGGCACAAGUGACAAGAGUAGUUACAACAGGUACCCCAGGAUCGGGACGGAGAGCUAUGUUUGUGUUAAAUGAGGCUCCAACACACACAAUAAACAGAGUGUCGCAGCAGAAUCAGACUGCGACUAUCCAGAGUGAGUGCGCCAAUUUAGCUUCAAAACCGUUCAUGACACCCAUAGGUCCAAUACAAUUAACAGCAGAGGAAUGUAAUGAAAUUUUAAUGAAAAGAGCACUUCAAGCUCAAGGAAUUGCCACUCCAGUGAUAGAUGCAUCGCAGCUUAACCAAACAUUGUUAAACGGAGGCUUGAAGGGUUUAGCAGAGGUAACUACGCAGCAGAACCAGCAAGAUAACAUUCAAACUACAGUCCAUCAACAUCAUUUGUUACAUACUAAACAAGAACCUGGAACUGCAAAUAAUUCACCAAAAAUGGUGUAUUCGCAGACGGAGAUCAUGAACAACACAGUUAUGCAAGCCCCCGCGCCUCCUGUGAAAGAACGGCCGUAUUCUUGUGAUGAAUGUGGAAAAUCUUUCCUUCUGAAACACCACCUUACGACUCAUGCAAGAGUUCAUACUGGUGAAAGACCUCACAUUUGCGGGCACUGUGGAAAGGCAUUUGCAAGGAAACAUUGUUUGAAUACCCACUUGCUACUGCACUCUGCAGAACGGCCGUACCGUUGUCACGAGUGUAAAAUGGCUUUCACACUCAAACAUCAUCUUGUUACGCAUUCUAGGGUGCACAGCCGCGACCGGCCGUUCGUGUGCGGCGAGUGCGGGCGCGGGUUCCCGCUGAAGCGGCACCUCGUCACGCACAGCAAGUACCACGCGGGCGAGCGGCCCUUCGUCUGCAACGACUGCGGCGAGAGCUUCGCGCAGAAGGAGCACCUAGUGAUGCACAGCCGGUUCCACGGGUCGCUGUCGCCGUUCGUGUGCCCGGACUGCGGGGUGGCGUUCGCGCGCAAGUUCCAGCUGGUGAACCACGGGCGGGUGCACGGCCGCGUGCCGCACGCCUGCCCCGUCUGCGGCAAGGAGUUCCUGCAGAAGCGCACCCUAGUCGCGCACCUCAAAAUGCAUACGGGGGAAGACACAGUGGCGUGUUUAGAAUGUGGGGAAGCCUUUAAAUGCAAGGCAGAACUGCAACAGCACUGCAAGUUGACGAGACACUGUCUCUCAUCGUCAUCGCAGCACCAACAGACCCAACAGCAACAACAGCAGCAACAACAACAACAACAGCAACAGCAGCAGCAACAACAGCAACAUCAACAGCAGCAGCAACAACAACAACAACAACAACAGCAACAACAGCAGCAACAACAACAACAGCAGCAGCACCAACAACAGCAGACAGUGAUAAAGCAAGACGAUUUUAAGCCACAGAUUGUUCAGGUUAUUGGUGCAGAUGGUCAAAUAUUAAGUGAAAAAACAACACCGGGAUAUGCAUGUCCUGAGUGUGGUUCCUGCUUUAACACCAAGGAGGCGCUGUCGCUGCACGUGCGCCUGCACGCGGGCGACCGCACGUGCGUGACGGACCUGUGCGCGCUCACCGCCGCGCUGCAGCCCGGCCUCGUCGCGCACGCCACGCACAAUCAGCCGAUCCAAAUCAUAUCUUCGAAUCACCCCAGUAAUGUUGUUCACACGCAAGUUAUAGCAACGAAUCACCACAUAACACCGCCGCGGCCGAAGUUGCAUUUCUGCGUGGACUGCGGGAAGGGAUUCGCGGCAAAACACGGCCUACUGGCGCAUCAUAGACGGCACCCGGACGGCAGCUGCACGCUGCGCUCGCACGUGUGCGACCAGUGCGGCAAGGCGUUCUUCCAGAAGAACCACCUCAUGCUGCACCAGCGCCAGCACAUGGACCUGCCGCCGAGAAACACGCAGUCGCAGAACCAGCAAGUGACGCAGGUGCCGCAGCGCGUGACGCAGGUGACGCAGCAGGUGCAGGUGUCGCAGCAGCAGCAGCAGCAGCAGCAGGCGGCGGCGCAGCAGGCAGCGCAGCAGGCGGCGCAGCAGGUGGCGCAGCAGGUGCAGCAGCAGGUGGCGCAGCACGUGCAGCACCAGGCGCUCGAGAUGGACGAACAGCCGGCGCAUAUACAAGUUGUGACGAACCGGUCGGGGCAGGUGAUCGGCAACCAGAUAGUGGUGGGCGCGGUGGGCGCGGUGGGCGCGCGCCGCCUGCUGCCCUCGCAGCUGCACAUCGUGGCGCGCGACGGCAAGCCGCUGCACCACCUCGCCAAGCGGGACGGGAGUGACAUAAAAGAGCUAGUAGUAUCAACGGGUAGAGGCACCGGCUUGAUUAAAUACGAGAUAGCCAUCCCUCCCCCAACCUCUGUGGUGCAAGUGCAACAACUGGACUGAGACCGGUUUCACCGUAUCAACUAACGGGACAAUCACCAUUAGCUUAAUACCUUGUUGUACCGACUUGAAGUUAAAGUGUUCAUUAGGGCUUGAUUAUAAACAUGUUGGAUUUAAAGUGGUUGUUGAUCAACAAGUUACCGAUAAGGCAUCUGUGUUGUUAAAGGAAAGUGUAAAACGUGAAGUGAUUCUAUGCGAAUAUGUGUCAGUGGUAUCAGCUGGUCUGCGGCAAGUUGGGUGAGAUGUGGAUCAACAUGAUCCAAGGUAUGCUCCUACAAAAUAUAGUGUUCGAUUGUAUGUAUGUAUUUACAAUGAUGUAAGGGAUAACCAAAAAGUGAAUUUGUACAGCAUUGUUACAUUUGUUUUGAAUGAAUUGUUCACAGUAAUAGUGUUGGAUCAACAUAGUGCCUUUUGUUUUUGUAAUGCAAUUGACAAUUUUCGAAAUAAUUGAUGAGAUUUCAUCGAAAUUCAUAAAUAAUAUGUGUUGAUGCCAAGUUAUACACGAAUUCUAUUGUAGCAUUUUUUUUUUUAAUAGAAGUACAUAUAAAUGAAACAAGUCCAAUUGCUUAAACUUCCACAUUGCCUCCAUUACUACUUAUAUCGACAGCAAUAAGGUGUGUCUGUGUGUAUUGAAUGUUCUAAAAUUUAGAACAUUUUGGUGAAUGUAAAAAGACGUGUAUAGUAGUGUUGAGUAAGUGUAGACGGAUAGAAUGUGUAAUAUUAUUGUACAUAUCAAAGUUUUUAACGGCGUCCCAUUUGCGGUUUUGUAUGAAGUGUACAAGAUAGAUGACGUCACCGGUGUGACGACACACGCAUUUAAGUUUUUAUUUUAUUAUUUGACGGCCUCUUCGAAUAAGCUUUAUAAGUACAUAGAUUCCUCCGCGGCAGGUAUAUAGUGAGUGCAAUUCGGUUCUAGAUCUGAAUUAUUUAUGACAAGCGAAUUGAUUUAUUUUUUACUGGCAUAGACAACAUAUGAAAUAGAGGCAUAUUGGUGUAAACAAUAGACAAAUGAUUUUUACUUAAUCUAAGUUUGAAAAAGUAUAUUUGUAAAUUACCUUUUCGUAUUUUAUUUCUACUUAUGUAGUAUUUUUUAAGAAUUAUUCAAAUAUUUGAGUUUAAAUUACUUUAUAUAUUAUCUAGUCUGUGAUAGGGACUGUCUAUGAAAGGUUUUAUAUUUGAAUCGACAAAUUGUUUUCGGACGCUAGCUUAUUGCAUCUUCACAAUUAAUCUCUCUCAAGUGCUUGCUAUUGCACAAUCAAUUUUAAAUUAUGCAAUCAUAGUUAUUAAUUCAAUAGCGUAAUUAUUUAAUUAAAUGAAGAUGCAAUAAUUUAGCCACGAAAACUUAUACAAGUGCUUCCGAACGUUCAUAUGUUUUGUAAAUAAAGAUGAAGACUGACAUCGAGCACUGAAACAUGUCUCUUCUAAUUGCCUUACAAUCAGCGCACACAUUUUGAUAUAUUUUUUUCGUGUAGGCGAUAAGAAGUUUGUCAAUUUUUAAGUUUUCGUGCUUCUCAGUGUCCAUUUUUAUUCACAGAAUCGAAUUCUAUGUUUCCUUGUGGCGCGUUUUCAUGAGAAAAUUUCAUACAAAUACAGGCCUUAUAAAAGCUGACGUAAAAUACAUUUUGGUAUAACUAUUUUGUUGAUAUUGUCUAGUUUAAUAUUAACUAUAAAAUGUGCUUAUUAUGGAAUAUGAACAGUAUUCAAUGACACUUGAUCUGAGAUAAAUAAUUAUUGUUCAUAACACGGUGAAAACGUGCCUUUAGACAGUAUUAUGUUUCCUGAAAUUUCUAUGAUACAAAUAUACACAGUCUACGAUGUUUUUGUGUUAAUCUCGUAAGCUGUGAUAUUAUUUGUGUUGAUUUAUCGAUAUGUUGAUUCUUAAUGUUGUUUGCCAUUUACUUACAGUGUAAAUAUAUAGUGGAUAUCUAUAAUUUUUAUAUUAAAUCGAAAAUAUACAUAAUUAAA